AUGUAUUCAGAUGAUGAUAUUUAUGAUGAUGAUGAUUUCACCUAUGAGGAUGAAGAUGAUUUACCUCCCGAAGCCCCAAAGGAAGCUCCGGAAAAAAAUUGUGCAGUUAUGCACGCCGACGUUAUACGUCAGAAACAAGAAGCAGAUAUAUCGUCGGUAUCUAAUGUGCUUGAUGUUUCAAGAGCUUCGGCCAUUAUCGCACUUCUUCACUAUAAGUGGUGCGUCAGUAACACAUCAGUCAGUGAUGGACCUGGGUGUUUGAAGUUGCGGUGUCCUGAUCCAUCUUGUAAUGCUGCUGUUGGUCAAGACAUGAUAAAUACAUUUGCUUGCAAAGAAAAUAAGCAGAAGUAUGCUAAUUACCUCCUCAGAUCUUAUAUUGAAGAUAAUAAAGAGUUCAAGUGGUGCCCCGCACCGGACUGUGGUUUAGCCAUCAAAUUUGAUGUUGGUAAUGAUAAUUGUGAUGUUAUUUGCGAAUGCAUUUAUAGCUUUUGCUGGAAUUGUAGCAAGGAAGCGCAUCGUCCGGUAGACUGUAGCACCAUGGAGAAGUGGAUUUUGAAGAACAAUGAUGAGUCUGAAAACGUAACAUGGAUAUUAGCUCAUUCUAAGCCUUGUCCAAACUGCAAACGACCGAUUGAGAAAAGUGUAGGGUGUAAUCAUAUGAGGUGCUCAAUUUGUCAAUUUCGUUUUUGCUGGGUAUGUCUUGUUUCCUUAGAUAAUCAUUCUUGUAAUGGAUAUAAGGUCGAUGCAGCAAAUGACAAUUUGGAGAGAAACACAGCUAGAAACCACUUAGCAAAGUAUACUCAUUACUACCUUAGAUGGGCGGCUAACCAUAAGUCACUCGAUCAUGCAGUUAAAUAUACGAAGAAUAUGCAGACAUGUGCUAGAGUAGAAGAGCUAUGUUUCAUUCUAUGCCUGGCUGAUGAGAAAGAGCUCAAGUUAAUUAAAGAUGCAUGGGAAAAGAUCAUUGAAUGCAGACGUGUGCUUAAGUGGAGCUAUGCAUUUGGAUAUUACUUACCUGAACAUGAACAUGGGAAGAUACAACUGUUUGAGUAUCUGCAAGGUCAGGCUGAAUCUGGACUAGAAAGUCUUCAUCAAUAUGCAGAGGAAGAAUUAGAAACAUGCCUGGUUUCGGAAACUCCGUUAGGAAAUUUCAAAAUUUUCCAGAAGGAGCUCGAGAAACAGACUACCGCCACUGCAAACUUCUUUGAAAGCCUGGCCAAUGCCUUCAAGAACGGGAUGUCAGAGGUAGAUUCACAAGGUGCAGGCAGCAGCAACAGAGAGAGAGCUACAGAUGAGUAUGACGGACGGAGGGACUACGGACGAAACUACGCCAGUACCACUAGUCUGCAUAAUGAGUUUAGUCGAUCUGACUAUUUUAGUGAUGAUUAUUAUUAUGGGUAA